AUGACCACGACGACCGACGAGGCGACCGACAUCGCGAUCCACGACCCGGCGACCGGCGAGCUCGUGGGCCGCGUGCGCCCGGCGGGGCCGGAGGAGGUCGACGACGCGGUCGGUGCCGCGGUCGCGGCCGCACCGGGCUGGGCGCGGACGUCCCCCGCCGACCGGGCGGGCCGGGUGCGCGACGCCGCGACCGCGUUGCGCGCGGUCGCCGAGGAGCUCGCCACGCUCAACGAGACCGAGACCGGACGCCCGUUCGACGACGGCCUCGGCGGUGUCCUGGCCGCGGCGGGCACGCUCGAGCAGUACGCCGAACUGGGCCCGCUGCACCGCGGGCGCUCGCUGCAGGGCUCGUGGUCGGCGACCGACCUCAUGGUGCCGGGACCGCGUGGCGUCGUCGCCGUCAUCACGCCGUGGAACGACCCGGUCGCGGUGGCCGCGGGCCUGAUCGGCGCGGCCCUGGUCACCGGGAACACCGUCGUGCACAAGCCCAGCGAGCGCUGCCCGCACCUCGGGCGCCGCGUGGCCGACCUCCUCGCGUCGGUGCUCCCGGAGGGCGUGCUCGCCGUCGUCGACGGUGCGGGCCCCACCGGUGCCCUGCUGUCCGGCCACGACGCCGUCGACGUCGUCGCCCACGUCGGCUCGAUCGGCGCGGGCCGGGCCAUCCGGCAGGCCGCGGCGGGGACGGGGGCGAAGGUGCUGCUGGAGAACGGCGGCAACGACGCGCUGAUCGUCGACGCGGGCGUCGACCCGGUGUGGGCGGCCGAGCAGGUCGCGCUGGGCUCGUACGCCAACGGCGGGCAG